AUAUUUUGCCGGCCAUAUUAAAAAAACGUAAACUCUGCUUGAUGAAGCUAGCGAAGCAAAACUUGAUACACGAGCUUUAAUCGGCAGAUACUAUAAUGGACGAAUUUCUCACUCAUGGAUACAGUGAGCCAUGCGGCCGGUGCGCUGCUGUUGACUGGGGCAUUUCUGGAGAGGAACAGUUCUUCUGCAAAAACUGUCACAAUGUGAUCGAGAGAACAAGAGACAUGGUGGGGGAGUGCAGCCAUUACAGCUACAACAGCAAAAUCUCAUACAUCCCAAAACCCAAGAAUACUGCAAUGGAAUUUGCACAAGAGUGGAUGGUCUGUGAGGGUUUUCAGUUCGUUCUGAAAUGCCAGGCUGAUGCUUUGGUUAGUCUUGGUGUUUGUUUGCAGUUUAAGACAGAUGUAAUGUGGAAUUUCUGGAAGAGAUACCUGCAGAACACCGGGCAAGCUUUCGUCAACAAUCCAGUUUCCGCUGCUGGGUUUUCAGCAGAUCUGAAAUCUGAGUCUGAGAGUGAACCAGAGGCUGGGCCAUUUUGUGAGGGGUCGUCUCUGACAGGAGCUCCUUCAGAGGGAGGGAAGCCAACCUCAGACUGCUCCAAUAAUAGACGGUCAGGCUCUUUAGAUGCUGCGUUAUAUGUGAAAGGAAGGAAGAGCCGUAAUGUUAUGACCAUGCCACGGACGCUGGCUCUGUGCUAUCUGGCUCUGCUGUGGGUGCGAGAGGCCAUCACCCUGGCUGAUUUACUGAGGCUGGUGAACGAGAGACGUGUUCCAUAUUUGAACAUUCAGGAGUAUCUUCCAAAAGAAAUGAAAAUAUUCGGACAAGAUUCCCAAAUCUUUCGAGUAGAUUCCAUACCUUCAUACUCAAUGGUCCACAAAGAAGCUGUAGAUCUGGCUAAGGUCAUCAAAUUGCCUGCCUUCCCAACUGUUUCUCAAGAUUGCUUGCUCCACCCAAUUCCACUUACUGUCCGCUAUCUAAUGGAAUCUAACCUCCCUGAUGGGCUUCUUGUUUGGGUCCACAAGGUUAUAGAUGUAGCUUCUAUAGGAGAUGACUCCUUCCUGACCUUUGACCCUGUCAAGCAGAAGCCUGCUCUCGUAUGCUAUGACAUUCAGGCAGCAGCUGUCAUUAUUGUCACCAUGAAGCUCCUUUUCAAGUUGGAUGAUCGGGUGGAGUGGAUGUCAUAUGGGAAAGCAGCCAGUGAGAAGAAAAAGAAAGUGUUCAAUGUAGAAAGAUGGUAUAAAAUAAUCCAGCCUGCCUUUGAGCGAGCUCGACAGAAGAUGGAAAGAGAAGAAGCCCGACAACUAUGGAAAUCCCACAAACCUUUCAUUACAUCUCAGAAAGACAAGAGUUUGGUUUUCAAAAAGAGACGUGUUGUUAAUCACUUGCAGCACAUAUUUCAGAAGUUAACUGACUCCUCUCCAGAACAACAGGUUUCCACCACAACCUCUUUCUCAAGCUUUCACUUCCACUGGGGAAAAGAACAGGGUUCAGACGGUCGCAGUUUGCAUAAACAGCGGCUGAAUUGUACUUUCAAGAAAAAUGGUGUCAAGAGGCUGACCAACCGAAAAUACUGGCAUACAGUUCUAAGUGUCUGCCCACUUACUUGUAACGAUCAUUUCUCAGAAAUUGAGCCCAGCCUGCCCAGGAUGUACGUGUGGCUCCUUGAUCUCUUCUCAUUUCUGCUGGGGGUCAGUCAAGCACAAGUCCACAAAGAGGUCCUCAACGUAGAACGACGGUUCCUGAAGAGAAAACGUCCGCCUGUGCCUAAAAGCACUCCACGUCGGUCUGCAACUAAAAAGACUCCAUGUCAAUCUGCGACUAAAAGUACACCAAGUCAGUCUGCGACUGAAAGGACUCUGCGUCCUCGGAAAAUAACAAAUGAGUAAUAAUACAGUCACGCCUAUAUAUUCUCAAAUAUAUAUUUGCAAAUAAUUUAAACAAUUUUAUAAAUUGUCUGUAGCCAGUGACAUGAUGCGUGAUAUGACCUUUGUAAGGUUCAAAUAACAUGAAAGUUUUGUUUUAAUCUGCUAAAGAGCAAGACACUUAACUGUACUGUAUUUAAAUUUCAGGACAAGUAUGUCCUAUUUCAAGUUUUUAGAUGACAUUGUUAACUUUCACCUUUGCUUCCUGUUGUGUGCAUCAAUCUACAAAAACAACAUUAAAGGAACAAAAUUAGUUUCUAAAGAUA